UUUGACUCUUACCCCCAAUGUCGGUGACCUUUUCUGCACAUCACAGCAAAGCGUCAACCCCUUUGGUGGUGCUGUCAUUUUAAAGCAACAAAAUAAUAAUCCAAAUCCAAAUCCAAAUCCAAAUCUAUUCGAUCUGCACAACAAACUCUCUCCAUAUUCUUCGCAUCAUUCAAAUCCUCAUUCUCGCAUCUUCUUCUAGGGUUUAUUUCGCGCCUCAUUCAACCGCCACACCUCAAAUUCCGGUGGCCGGAGCUCUCAGAUCUACAGCUAACCUACACUGCCACGUCAUACUUUUAGAACAAGUGUAGAUUUGACAUUUAGAGGAAGGAUAAGGGAGUGAAGGAGGGAGGGAUUGGAUGAUGAAACAAGGGAUGAUAGAAUGCAGUGUCUGUCAUUCCAAGUUGGUGAAUCCGUCUGCAAAAACAGUCUCCCGGGCUUAUGAUAGACAUCGUAGCAAGUUUUCGAAAAAGCAACGGGUGCUCAAUGUUCUAUUGGUUGUUGGUGAUUGCAUGUUAGUUGGCUUACAGCCAAUUUUGGUGUACAUGUCAAAGGUUGAUGGAAAGUUCAAAUUUAGUCCCAUAAGUGUUAACUUUUUGACAGAAGUUGCAAAGGUUAUCUUUGCACUUGUAAUGCUUCUUCUCCAGGCUAGAAAUCAGAAGAUCGGAGAGAAGCCACUUCUUUCUAUCUCUAGUUUUGUACAGGCAGCACGCAACAAUGUGCUUCUUGCUGUUCCAGCACUCCUUUAUGCUAUUAAUAACUAUCUAAAGUUCACUAUGCAGCUCUAUUUUAAUCCUGCAACUGUAAAGAUGCUAAGCAAUCUGAAGGUCUUGGUGAUUGCAAUUUUGUUGAAGAUGAUAAUGAAGCGUCGAUUUUCAAUAAUUCAGUGGGAGGCUCUUGCUCUGUUGCUUAUAGGAAUUAGCAUAAAUCAAAUGCGUUCGUUACCUGAAGGCUCUACGGCAAUGGGGCUUCCAGUUGCAAUGGGUGCAUAUAUCUACACUGUUAUAUUUGUCACUGUUCCAUCUAUGGCAUCAGUUUUCAAUGAAUACGCUCUCAAGAGUCAAUAUGAUACAAGCAUUUACAUGCAGAAUUUGUUUUUGUAUGGAUAUGGUGCAAUAUUCAACUUCCUAGGGAUCCUUGGAACCGUCAUCAUCAAAGGUCCCGAAAGCUUUGAUAUUUUGCAAGGACAUUCAAAAGCCACAAUGCUUUUAAUUAUAAACAACGCAGCACAAGGAAUUUUAUCUUCCUUUUUCUUCAAAUAUGCUGAUACGAUUUUGAAAAAAUACUCGUCAACAGUUGCCACGAUCUUCACAGGCUUUGCAUCUGCAGCUUUGUUUGGUCACACUUUGACUAUAAAUUUUAUGCUUGGAAUUUCUAUUGUUUUCAUCUCAAUGCAUCAGUUUUUUUCACCUCUUGCAAAAGUCAAGGAAGAAGAAAACGGGGUAUUGGAGUUGGAACCGGUUGAGAACAAUCAUAGGGACCAAUUCGUGAAUAUAGCAGCAGGGGCAAAUGAGGAGGCUAGUCAUCGUGUAGAAUCUGAUGAAAGGAGGCCUCUACUUCCUACUUGAAUCGACCAGAGUCAAUGCAUGUUUCUUCUUUGAAGAGUUUUUCGGGCUCUAGUUGUGGAGGGUACGGAAGAUUCCCAUUUUUAAGAAGAAAAGAAAACCCUCUAUGAGGGGUAUUAUGGUCUUUGUGGAUAUCGUUGAAAGAGUUUACCCCACUAACAACCAAUCAAAAAACGAUUUUAAGUAGCCGAUGAAAUCGGCCAUGUUUUCGGACCUCACUAUCUGUAUACAGGUUCAGAAGAUAGAAAAAUAACAAUUUAUUGGUAUUGUUUACUUUAGACCAUUCAUCCAUUCAAAUAUAGUUUAUUCAAUAUUGUCA